AUGCCAACUGGCCCGAAACCCCNGCACAACGGAUCUACGACGUCCCACUUACUCGCUGCUAAAAGCAAAGUUGCCCCCCUUAAAACGGUUUCACUGCCGAGACUGGAACUCUGUGGGGCAGUACUUCUCACAAAGUUAGUAAAGCAGAUACAAACUCAACUCGAUCUGCCACCUCACGAGCUAACUUUAUGGAGUGAUUCCUCCAUCGUACUAGCUUGGUUGGAAAAACCUCCAUGGACAUGGAAAACAUAUGUGUCCAAUAGAAUCUCUGAGAUUUUACAAAACGUGAAUAACACUAUUUGGCGACACGUCCCCACCUCUCACAAUCCAGCUGAUUUAGGUACGCGCGGUAUCAAACCUCAGGAGCUUGUCAACUCCCCUCUAUGGUGGUCCGGUCCAGAAUGGUUAACCAAACCAUCAGAAUUCUGGCCGAAAGCUGCCACCUCGCACUCCUCUCCACCAGAACAGCGACAAGCAGAUGCACAUCACGCAGCCGAAAACGUCGAUCUUUUGGAACGCUUCUCAUCCUAUCCAAGGGCACUCAGAGCCAUACACAUUGAACUCUGUUCAGAUUUAAGUACUGAAGCGUUCAAAGCCGCAUUUGCUCGUUUCGUCGGCAGACGUGGUAUACCAUGCAAAAUGAUGUCAGACAAUGGACGAACAUUUAUUGGAGCAAAGCGUAGUCUCAAUAAGGAUCUCAUCGCAUUUCUCGGAGAGAUAUCUGAAGACAUCAGCAGGAAAUAUACCGUCCAUGGCCUCACCUGGCAAUUUAUUCCACCAUAUGCACACCAUAUGGGAGGACUCUGGGAAGCAGCAGUGAAGAGUUUCAAAAUCCACUUCACGAAAAUCGCGAACAAUCAUAAGUUCACAUUCGAGGAAUUCAUUACUCUUCUCGUGCGCAUUGAAGCGGUCUUAAACUCCAGACCGAUCUCCCCAAUGUCGCAAGACCCAGAUGAUCUGAACGCUCUAACACCAGGUCAUUUCCUCCGCGGAGCCCCCAUACACUCAAUCCCAGAACCAAGCUCGGAAAACCUGUCACUCAUAAAAAAAUGGCAAAGGCUGAAAGUUCUACACCACCAAUUCAGCAAACGAUGGAAGACAGAAUAUUUGCAAGAAAUACACAAACGAUAUAAAUGGAAAGGACAGGAAUCCAAUCUCCGUGAAGGAGACCUCGUCAUCAUUAAAUAUGACCUUCUACCACCGAACGAGUGGAAGUUAGGUCGAAUUAAUACUCGACUUUCGCAAGUGCCGCUUAUGCUACCGCCCGCAUUCCCUACGAUACUGUCGUUCUUUCCUGACGAUGACGCCCGACGAGAGGUACGAGUCUGCAAAGGCACAUCGCUAUUGCAUUAA